AUGGAUCCAAGAUCGUCAUCAGCCUUGUUCAAAAGGGCCGAACAAUUAAAAAGAUGGGAGGAGUCGGAUACCAACAAGCAGUCUGCGGUCCCAAAACGCGCUACAAGGAUACAAUUUUCUCCUGGGAUUGUUUUUCUGGCAGCUUGUACAGCUGGUGAUAAGGACGAAGUACAGCGAUUGCUAAAACUAGGCGCGGACAUAAACACAUCAAACGUAGACGGCCUCACAGCUCUGCAUCAGGCAUGCAUCGACGACAACUUCGACAUGGUACAGUUUUUAGUUGAACAUGGAGCAGAUGUCAAUCGUGGCGAUAAUGAGGGCUGGACCCCGUUACAUGCUACAGCUUCUUGUGGCUUCGCUAGCAUUGCAAGGCAUCUUUUGGAGAAUGGCGCUGAUGUGGCAGCGGUUAAUUAUGACGGAGAGUUGGCUAUUGACAUUGCUGAAAGUGACGAAAUGGAAAAGCUUCUACAGACAGCUAUUGAUGAAAAAGGCGUCGAUUGCGAAAAAUCCCGCAGCGCGGAAGUUAUUAAACUUAGCAACGAUUCGAAGAACUGGGCAGCAAAUGGUUACUCAGAUGUCCGAGACCCUAAAACUGGAGGAACACCUUUACACGUCGCCGCUGCAAAGGGUUAUAUCGAUGUGGCAAAGACGUUAUUAGAGGACUGUAACGUAGAUCCAGAUAGUGUAGAUUACGAAGGAUAUACACCCUUACACGCGGCUGCUCUUUGGGGCCAGAAAGAAGCUGCCGCUAUAUUAUUUAAAUUCGGGGCUGAUCCUAACAUCAAGAAUUAUUCGGGACAAACAUGCUUAGACCUAGUCGACCCAAGUAUAUCAGCUUGGCUGAAAGAGGCAGCGCAAAAAGCGCCGCAUCGCGUUAAUAAUAACGUCAAGCGCACACCACAGAAACACGACGUGAAAUCCGUUGAACUCCAAAUAAAUAAUUCGGAUAUUGUUAAUGAUAAACCACCGAGCUCCGAGAUCAUUACUAAGAUCGAAGGGAAGCCUCCUAAAGCCCGACCGCCUUCGCCGGAUCCUACGGAGAAUUCUGAGAUUGUGAUACCCGAUGAGCCGCCAUCUUGGCGCCGAUCGGCUUCAUUCAGGAGCAGGCUUCAGGAGAAUACACGUGAAAAUAAACCAACAAAUAACAAUGUUGAUACAGAUCCAGUUAUGCUGCGAAGAACGCACAGUGUUGAGGCUUUCUAUCAACGCUACCGUGAAGUGACCGCGCGUAUAAAGGCGACAUCGUGUCCUUCGAUACCACCGGUGCCUCAGAUCACGCUAGCAGCACUCGAGCUGUGGAAAAAGAAUAAAGAGAUUAACAAUGCUACUAAUGAUGACAGCCAGACAAGAUUAAACGAUAAAAAGGAAACGGAUACAAAUGCUUUGUCUGUACCAACUACGUCGUCUAGCACAGUUACAAAUAACACUACGACUCGGACGACUGUCAGAAGUGGUACGGAAAGCGUAGAGUCGAACAGUAGCAAUUCAACUCCAAGUUCAGCGACUCCAACCAAACUGUCGCCUGGGAACAUUUUCAAGAACUUCUUCAAGUCGUUCGUUCCGCCAGUACGUGAUGAUGAAAGUGAAACUCAGAGGAAGGCCCACGCCAAACGUGUUCGUGAGACAAGAAGAUCCACUCAAGGCGUUACUCUCGAUGAGAUUAAGUCCGCUGAACAGUUAGUUAAAAAUAAGACUAACAAUGGUACCACAGAUACAUCGAACGUAAACAAGAAAGAAGAAACGCGUACGGCGCGAGCACUCGCGGCGGGUGGCGGGGACACAGCCGUUUCGUUAGCGCUUGCGUGCGUUACAGCUGCUGCCACGGCGACAAUUGCGCCCAACAGUGAGCGACACCCGUCUUGGCGACUGCGAUUCGAUCCCAAUAAUAAGUUCGAACUAGAGGAUGCAAAUCAACCUCCACGAUCCACUACGGAAACGGAAGCCACAGUUACUUUACCCCUUCGUCGCCCACCAUCAGCGAAGGAUAAUAACCGCACUGGUAACUCUGUAACACCAACAACAGAAGAAGAGAAAGAUCGCGAAAGUAGUGUCGAAAGCAAAUCGUCGAGCAAUGCAUCGUCAUCAAGCACCCAGGCGGCGCUGAAUGUGAUACAACGUCGACGCCGACCAAAGCGACGUUCUACCGGCGUUGGACAUGUAGAUAUGGAUGAUAUUGUUAACGACCGUGUGGGAUGCAGCGAAGGCGACGGUGAUUCGGAAACGGCACAAGUAAGUGUUUUUAUAAUUUUAACCCAUUUGUCUAUUACCUAUAAAUAA